UAUAUUUUCUUGAACGAGAAGCUUGGACUUGAAAUAAAAUUUUGCGUUAUUCUUUUUUCAGUGAAGCAAAUUAAAAGUACAUUUUCUUUUAAAUUUUGUGUUAUAUCAAAAUUCUAGAAAUGCCUUUGCCGAUCAAUAGUGGAAAGACAAUGAAGUCACAAUAUAUGGCAUCUUCCGUAGAGGAUCUUGAAAUGUAUAAUUUUCGGCGUGCAAUGACUGCUAAGUGGGUACAAAGCAUUCCCAAACAUGUAUCAUCUGUCGAAGAUGUAGAAGACUUUGAUGCGCGUUAUGAAAAAAAAUACCGCAAUCGCAUGGAGCUUCCCCCGUCGCUUGUGGCAGCCAUAGAGAAGCGAAAUACACGUUCUGUACUGGAAGGGAACAGGGAUUUGGUUAGCAAAAUAAAAGGUGUUUUCAAACCGCCAGUAAUCACAAAACCAGAGUCAGAGACUAAAACGAAGUUCAAAAUAAGUGACCUAACAGACGACGACAGGAUUAGAAUAGUUGAACGAGCAGUUUUAUAUCAAAAUGCUGUUAUAGAGAAAGUAUCAAAAGCCAUAGAUGAUGAUCCUCAUGGACUCGUGAGUCGAGAGUUUGAUUUGUUUAAACAUAAGAUGAUGCACAGUGGCGAUAUUUCUUGCAGUUUAAAGUCUUUAAAUCCCUAUGGUAUAUUUAAGGAAGGUAACUUUGCGGCCAAACUAUUAUAUAAUAUCAUGGCCUUAGAAGAACGCGUGAUGAGAGCAAUAAAAAAAUCUGCAUGGCUGACUCAACAGAUGAAUUCCACUCAUGGAGUUGCACUCAUUCCAAGUAAUGCUGAGAUGAUCAAACAAAUUCCUAUUGCUGCUAAGAUGAAACCUUCGCACGUACCUGAUAAGAAGGCGAAAUUUAAUAUCUUUAUUAAACAACUCAUUCGAAAAUGUGGAGAUAAUAAGCGACAAGCAAAUGGCUGUGAUAAAAUCAAGCAUUCUGAGUCUAAAGGAAAGUCACGUAAAGUCUGCACUAAGAAACCGAAGAAGUUAAAACCUAAGCCUUCAGGAGCAAAACCUGCUGUUGACGUUAAUAAAAAAACCAAAGCCACUAAAAAACCAUCAAGCAUCAGGAAAACUCCAAAACUUUCAGAAGCUGGUAGACGUUUUCUGGAGAAGAAUCCAUACAUCAUUGAGAUUGCGAAUAAUAUGGGCAUCCAAAAAGCAGCUAUCCAAAAGCAGCUAAUCUCUCGUCGAAAAACGAAGUAACGUAAUACGGAUGAUCUCAUACAUGGUGUGCAGUUAUACCUGUGACGACAUAUUUCUGAAAGUGGAGCUUUAAAAUUUAAGCUCUAAUAAUUUGCAUAGCUGGCAGGCACUAGGCUAUGUUUUAAGUUGAUCGAUUAUGCAAAAGUGAAGAUAUUGAUUAGUUAUUUUUUGAAAGUAUAAGUAAAAUACUUCCAAAAAAAUUUUGAAUAUACAAUAAGCAGAUAUGCUAAGCUUAACAUAUUAUACAUUAACACAUAUUUAUUGGGCAAGAAGUUUAAAUAAACGCUCUAAUAA